AAGCAUUUUUUAACCACUGGUGCCCGCCUCUCUCGGCUCCUCCUCCGCGGCCGUACAGCCUCUCGUCCUACGCCGGGAGAGCCGAGCAUUGGCGCGGGGAACUUGGAAGGUGAUGGCGGGGCUGCCAGCGUCUCUUUCCGGACAGGACGUAGGAUCAUUUGCAUAUCUUACAAUUAAAGACCGAAUACCACAAAUCUUAACCAAGGCUAUUGAUACAUUGCAUCGACAUAAAAGUGAAAUUUUUGAGAAACAUGGAGAGAAAGGCAUGGAGGCUGAAAAGAAAGCUAUUUCUCUUCUUUCUAAAUUGCGGAAUGAAUUACAAACAGAUAAGCCAAUCACCCCCUUGGUUGAGAAGUUUGCUGAUACUGACAUAUGGAAUCAGUACCUAGAAUAUCAGCAGAGUCUUUUAAACGAAAGUGACGGGAAACCAAGGUGGUUCCACUCGCCGUGGCUGUUUGUGGAAUGCUACAUGUAUCGUAGAAUUCACGAAGCAGUUCUCCAGAGUCCACCAAUUGAUGACUUUGAUGUAUUCAGAGAAUCAAAAGAGCAAAACUUCUUUGAGUCACAGGACUCUAUCAUGGCUUUAUGUACUCACCUGCAAGAGUUGAAGAAAACUAUUGAAGAUCUAGGUGAAAAUCAGCUGAAAAAUGAGUUUUUUAAACUUCUUCAGAUUUCCCUGUGGGGAAAUAAGUGUGACCUGUCUCUGUCAGGUGGGGAAACCAGUUCUCAGAAGAGCGACAUCAUAAACUCUUUGGAAGGCCUGAAGCCUUUCAUUUUAGUGAAUGACACGGAACAUCUUUGGUCGUUACUUAGCAGUUGCAAGAAAACAAGAGAAGAAGUAUCUAUUACUAGAGUGGAUAUUGUUCUGGAUAAUUCUGGCUUUGAACUUGUCACAGAUUUAAUAUUAGCUGACUUCUUGUUGUCUUCUAAACUGGCUACCGAGGUCCAUUUUUAUGGAAAAACGAUUCCAUGGUUUGUUUCUGAUACCACCAUACAUGAUUUUAACUGGUUAAUCGAAGAAGUAAAGCGGUCUAAUCAUAAGUGGGUGUCCAAGUGUGGGGUUGACUGGGAAAACUGUGUUAAAGUAGGCAGGUGGGUUUAUCAUGAUCAUAUAUUUUGGACGCUGCCUCAUGAAUUCUGUGCCAUGUCUCAAGUUGCUCCUGACUUAUAUGCUGAACUACAAAAGGCACAUUUAGUUUUAUUCAAGGGCGACUUGAAUUACAGGAAGUUGACAGGUGACAGAAAAUGGGAGUUUACAGUUCCAUUCCAUCAGGCUUUGAACGGCUUCCAUCCCGCCCCGCUCUGCAGCAUCCGAACCUUAAAAGCUGAAGUCCAGGUUGGCCUGCACCCUGGGCAGGGUGAACAGCUCACAGCUUCCGAGCCCAACUGGCUGACCACUGGGAAAUACGGAAUAUUCCAGUUCGAUGGUCCACUCUGACUUGGUUUGGGAACUCUGAGUUGUGUAGAAAGAUCUGACAGGCAAUCUUCAUCCGCAGAGCAGCAGCAUGUGAAUUUAGUCACUUGACUGCUGUGCAUUAGCUCGGGGAAGCUUGGCCUCUGGGUGCUCAGUUACACCCACUGGAUGCUUUUUCCUUUGAACGUUGUGCCCAUAUGUUGUUUUGGGGACAGAUGGAUUAAGCUAGUUACAGGUAUUUACAUUUUUGUUGGAAUCUAACGUAUUUCAAAUUAAAUGCAUAUUUUCAAGUGGUUUUCAUUGGGCAGAAAGCAUAAUAUAAAUGAGUAAGUUAACUUUUUAUAUUAUAACGGCGCAUGGAAUUUGAUAUCCUAGGGAGCAUGGAAUUAUAUUUAACUUGAUUUUGGGCUCUAGAAAUAAGGGCUCUGUGAAAAUAUACAUCUUAAAAACACACUUUGUUAGGAGACAUGUUUCUUAGAACUGUGAUAUUUGAACACAUGAAAGUAAAAAUUACCUCAUAAGUUAAUUGUAAUUUUGUCCUUAAUUUUUAUUUCAUUUCAAUAGCCUGUGUUACUUGCCUGCAUUUAGAUUUUGAUUGACCUUUGGGAUGGAUGGUAGGAAACACAAAACUGAACAGAACGGAAGAACUGAUAUUUGAAGAAAAAUGCAGUACCUUUUAUAUUCUAUUUGUGAUACCUAUAAUCAGCUGAAAUAUAUUAUUUUAACAGAUAAGUGUUUUAAAUGAACAGAUUUUUAGAUUGUUCUGCAGUUUUAAAAGUGCUUUAGAGAGAAAAGUUGUGUACUGAAUUUGGAGUUGAUUCGUUUUUUAUGUUCUUACACAUUUAUUUGCGAUUGUCAGAUCUUAAAAACUGUCUUUUAGUUGCAAACAUGCGCUUUUACAACUCAAAUUGGAAAAACCUGGAAAUGUUUUCUCACACUAAAAAAUAAAACGAAUUAUACAGAGA